CAGAAAAAAAAAAAAACCAACAAAAACCCCAAACAAAAGAAAAUCAAAGCAGAGAGGAAAAACUGAGAAAAAUAUUCUUAUACCGAUUUGAGUUAGUAGUGAUGGAAGAUCUAGUUAGAGGUCAAGAAUUUGCAAAACAAGUUUAUUUGCAACUCCAAGGAAGUGAAAUUCCAGUUAGGAAUGAAGUAUUAGAUUCAGUCGCAAAGAUCCUCGAAUGUUUUGCUAAUGCAAUCUCGAAAUUCAGUUCCAGUGAAUCGUCCAGUGAAGUUUGUCACAGUCCGGCACUUACUGCGGUUGAUUCUCCGUUUUCCGAUUGCCGGAAAUUGGAAGGUACCGGCGAGAUCAGAACUAUUGCCACUCCGAAGAAAUCUGGGUCGAACAAGAGAAGGAAAACUUCAGAUGCACGAGAGGAACUAACUGCAACACCUUUCGACGACGGUCGUGCCUGGAGAAAAUACGGCCAGAAAGAAAUCCUCAACACCAAAUUCCCAAAGAGUUAUUUUAGGUGCACUCACAAAACAGAUCAAGGGUGUCAAGCCACAAAACAAGUCCAAAGAAUUGAAGAAGAACCAGCCAAGUACCGGGUGUUAUACAUCGGUCAGCAUACCUGCAACAAUCAACUCAAGGGACCUCAGUUAUUCUUAGAUGCAAACCCCAGACACACUUGUCUACUCAAUUUCGAAUCAAACUACUAUGCCCCAAAAGUAGAAUUCCCUUUUCCAGCAUCAAUUUCUUCAGCAAAACAUGAAUUCGAAGGCGACACAGAAUACGCCGAUAUUGCUAGUCACAAGAACAGGGAUUCCGUCAAAUCAUCUGAGUUUGCCGUUUGGAAUGAUCUAUCGGCAUUUAAUCCAUCUCCAACCACGUCAAUGAUGCCAUCGACAUCUGGGUCGGAACUGGUUGACGGGAUAGCCGGGCUUUAUUCUAGUGCCGACAGUAAUCCAAAUUUUGUCAUGGAUAUGAUGUUCGAGGAUGAUGAUGUCCUUCAAUUCGAUCCCAAUGAAUUCUUUAACUCUUCAUAGCAGAACCUUGUAACUGUAGCGAAACCUAAAGUUAGUGGAGAUUGUCUUAGUUGUGCAUAUAUGUGAUGUUGUAUGUAGUUCAUUAGACUACAGAAUUAAAGAUAAAAAAUGACAUCCGUCGGAGUCGGAGUAGUACCAGUGUAGUACCCCCAAAAUGUACGUUUUUUUUCCGUUUUAAUAGAUUCUAUUUAGUUUUUGGAAUGUUAAAUUAGCAAUUUUAGUGUAAUAGUGUACCACUAAAUGUACCGCCGCCUAUUUCUU